AUGACAACGCGCCCCAUGGUCUUCAUUUGCAGGGCAUUUGCUUCUGCUCGGCCCAAGACUAGACUUAGUAGUGAUUCGUUCGGAUCCCUCCAUCGUACCGAUAUUCCUGUUGAGCGACUUGUUCGUUCGAAAGGUGUAGACUUCGAAGCGGCAACACAACCUCGGAAGAUAAAAGAACUCUCAAUACCGCUAGCACUUUCAAAAAAGAAACGUGAAGAGCUUGAGAAGCAGCAAUCAAAGGAGCCGAUUCCACCUGGACACAAGUGCUUUAUAGAAUGUUCUCGACCAGAAUUCAAUCUACUGGAGUCCAGACCUGAUCUUCGCACACCGCUAUGUAGUCAGUACUGGGAUAAAAACAAAUACAAAGACGAAUGGUUCGUUAUAAGAAGAAAAACUAAGGCAUCAUCGAGUCAGUUCGUCAAGUGGGAGAACGCAUGGGAACAUUACGUUCCUGAUCGUCUUGAUCCACUGGUGAGGGAAACUCUGGAGGAGCUGAAGUUAAAGAUCCCCACACAAGUUCAGUCACAGUGUCUCCAAGUGUUCCCUUCUCAUUAUCAUCUGUUCAUAGCCGCAGAGACUGGAUCUGGGAAAACAAUAGCCUAUUUAGCUCCAUUAAUCACUAGAUUAUUGAAGCAAAAGCGAAAAAAUGUGAAGGUGAAGGAACGAGGUGCGUUUUCAAGAAUUAUCUGUCAUUCUUGUCGUCACCUCAUCGCUGAAGGAACAGAUAUUCUCGGUAGCGUCGAAGUUUGCAUCAAAAGCGGGACUCGUCGUCUCUAUGUGCAACUCGAAAAUGAGUCAUUCCGUAAGUUGAGAUUAAUUCUACACCAUGUGUCAUGGAAACGAGUCCAUGACGCAUGUGCUCGUAACGCUCUCGAAGACGAUUUCACGGAC